AAAAAGGGCUCCAUUUGCAAUACCAAAUUAACCAAAUCGAAAAAUGGCAUUAAAAUCUCUUCUUGUGUUAGGGCUCUUGAUUGGCUGCAUCGCAUUGCCAUGCGCUCAAGCGCAGCUUGGUGGGCUUGGAGGGCUUGGUGGGCUUGGAGGGCUUCUUGGCCCUCUUUUCAGCCUACUUCGAAUCCAAGGCAUUCUCUACUGCACUCCUAAUGGAAACGCCGGCGCCAACGCCACCGCCACCCCGGUUUUCCCUAAUGCUUUGGUGCAGCUGCAGUGUGGUGGAAACGUGGUGUCUUCUGCUACAACAGAUAAUUCGGGUGUAUUUUCCAUGCUGUUGGACCCCAUCAACUUUCUCCUCUCGACGCUCCUCUCCGGCUGCAAGCUCGCCGUGAACACGCCCCUCGCCUCGUGCAACGCCACCUUGCCCUCGCUCGGCGGCCUCGUCUCCGACCUGCAGUUCAUCGGCAGCACUGUGGCCGGACUCUUGAACAUAGGCAAUAUGGGGCCAACCGGUUUCCGGUUCAGUGCUAAUUAAUGUGCCCUAGUGGUGCAUGCCAUGUUACACUAUACAUAUAUAGUAAUGUUGUGUUCCACUAUAUCAAUAAUUCUCACACGAGAUCCUCUAUUCUAGAUCGGUGAUAAGUUUGUUUCUAUGAUUUUAUUGGCUUUUGAGCUAUGCAAGUGUAUUCAUGUUAUACUAUACAUAUAUAGUAAUGUUAUGUUCCACUA